AUGGCUGAGAAAUCCUUACAGAUUCUUUCUUUUACUGGAACCGUCUUUGCUGAUAUUUCCGACUUACUGCAGGAAUUUAGCUUUAUUAAUCCCUCGUUCUUGCCAAAAUUUGAUAUACUGCCAAAUGUACUUGAUCUGCUAUGCCAGAAAUAUAUUCCUGUUCUUUUGGAUCUCUUGAGUAUUGUGUAUAUGUUGAGUCUCGGCUCAGCAAUGUUCAGUGUCGCCUGGAGUCAGCGCAAGUAUAAUGUUCUAAGUUAUGGAGCCGUUGGCAAUGGAAUUGUAGAUGAUACAAUGGCGUUUAUGAAGGCAUGGAAUGACACAUGCAAAGAUUCAAGAAGACCCGUAAUGGUGGUUCCUAUGGGAAAGACAUUUUUGGUUUAUCCUGUAACCCUUUUUGGCCCCUGUAACUCUAGCAACCUCAUUGUUAUGAUAUUAGGAACUAUAAUAGCCCCUGAUCAUCCCAAUGUUUGGAAUGGAAGAUUCCAUGGAACAUGGUUGGCAUUUCGAUAUGUAAAUGAUCUUACUGUGUCAGGCAAUGGUGUGGGUGUACUAGAUGGGCGUGGACAUCGCUGGUGGGAAAUCUCUUGCAGAUAUAAUAAAUCGAAGGAUUGCAACAUACUUUCCCCCACGAUAAUCAGUUUCGAAAUGUGUAAAAAUGUCAACCUGAGGCGAAUUAGUACUGUACGAAGCGGCGGAGGUCAUAUCGCGGUGUUCGGCUGUGAAAACGUUCGAUUUUCAAUACUGAAUCUACAGUCUCCUGGAAAAAGCCCCAACACUGAUGGUAUCCACAUAUCGCACUCAAAUUUUGUGCACAUUCAUAAAUCAGUAAUCGGCUCCGGUGACGACUGCAUAUCAAUGCUAGAUCGUAGUUACAACGUUAACAUUACUAAUAUUAAUUGCGGACCUGGUCAUGGUAUAAGCAUUGGAAGCUUAGGUUCAGAUGGAACAAAGGUAGAUGUUCAGAACAUAACUAUUCGUAAUGUGAACUUCUACAAAACAACCAAUGGAGCAAGAAUCAAGACAUGGCAGGAAGGGAGAGGCCGAGUUCGAAAUGUUGAGUUCUCUAACAUAAACUUAACUGAUGUGAAAAACCCAAUAAUUAUUGACCAGCAUUAUGGUGAACCCAAAAAUGCCCCACCAAAAAAGACGAAAAACGGAGUUCAUAUAACUGAAGUGCGUUAUUCAGGAUUUGUUGGGACAUCAAUGACAGAUGUGGCAAUCAAUUUUAAUUGUAGUGAAAAUGUGCCUUGUACGGAUAUCAGUUUGGAAAACAUUAGAUUAGCAAAAAGUGGAAAAUCAAGGAAGAAAGUCAGUGCUAGCUGCAACAAUGCCCAUGGAUUUGCUAAAGGAGUUGUGGUGCCUGCAUCCUGUCUUGUCUACUGAAGUUGACAAAAGAAAAACCCACAUGUAAAUCUUUUC